AUGAAGUACACUCUAGAAGACCAAGUUGUGUUAAUCACUGGUGGUUCACAAGGUCUGGGGAAAGAAUUUGCCAAGAAAUACUAUAAUGAGGCUGAAAACACAAAAAUCAUUAUUGUUAGUAGAUCUGAGGCGAAACUACUGGACACAUGUAACGAAAUUAGGCUUGAAGCCCACCUGAGAAGGGAGACUACUGACGAGGGCCAGGUUCAACAUAAGUUGGCCGCCCCCUUGGACCUUGAGCAACGAUUGUUUUAUUAUCCAUGCGACUUGUCCUGCUAUGAAUCUGUGGAAUGCUUGUUCAAUGUCUUGAGAGACUUGGAUAUGCUGCCCACACAAACUUUAUGCUGUGCAGGAGGGUCCGUUCCUAAGUUAUUUCGUGGUUUGAGCGGAAGUGAGUUGAAUUUAGGUAUGGACAUCAACUAUAAGACUACUUUGAAUGUGGCACAUCAGAUUGCUCUUGCAGAGCAAACAAGGGAACAUCACCUUAUCAUCUUUUCCAGUGUCACAGCCCUUUACCCGUUUGUUGGCUAUUCACAGUAUGCGCCUGCGAAGGCUGCAAUUAAAUCACUGGUAGCCAUUCUAAGACAAGAAUUGACGAACUUCCGUAUCAGUUGUGUCUAUCCCGGUAACUUUGAAAGUGAGGGUUUCACUCUGGAACAGGUGACCAAACCUGAAAUUACGAAGCUGAUUGAAGGUCCUUCAGAUGCUAUCCCAUGCAAACAGGCAUGCGAUAUUAUUGUCAAGUCGCUGGCCAGAGGACACGAUGACGUCUUCACAGAUUUCGUCGGAUGGAUGAUAAUGGGAAUGGAUCUGGGACUCACCGUAAAGAAAAGUCGCUUUGUUCCUUUACAAUGGCUUUUGGGUGUCCUAUCAAACAUCCUUGUUGUUCCCUUCUACAUGGUUGGCUGUUCUUGGUACAUCAAAAAAUGGUUUCGUGAAAAUGAUGGUAAAAAAGCCAAUUGA